AUGGGUCCCUUGGACCCGGUCAUUUUUGCCUUGUUUAAGAGGUACAAGCUGUUGCUCGGAUGCCAGAUGCAAUUCCUUGACUUAAGGAAUGGGUCGAGGGCAUCGCAACAUAAAGGCCCUAUUUCGAGCGUUCAUGGUUUAUCAAAUGAUGUUGCAAUGAGGCCUCCACCCAGUGAUGAUGAUAUCCUCACCGAACCAUCUACUAUGAGGCAGGAUAAACAGAAGAAAAGAAAAAUGGCUCCGAGUUCUCCGAGCUUUGAGAAGAAGAAGCCAAGGAAAAGAUUGGCGCAUAAACCCAAGGAAAGCACCAGUGCUCGAGCACUGUCUCCGGACUCACUCUAUCGAUUGAUGGAUGAGUCCGAUGGGGAAGAAGAAGCCUUCGAUCUGGUGGCCAGUGUAUCGCCGCAGCUCGAAGGGCAAGGGUCCUCCGAACCAGAGGGAGGCGAGGCCGAUCUUCAUCAAGUUGGGGAGGCCGAGGAAGAGGUAGGAACUGAAGCUUCCCAGGAAACGGGCAAAGCCCUGAAGGAAUCACUUGGCCCGAUAGAGAUUGCUGAGUCUCCCUCUUUCACAGAGUCGAUGUUCAAUGAGGCCCAAGGUGCAAAAGAAUGCCCCGUCGAGAGGGCCCAUAGAGAGGACACCACCGGAUUUGGCGAUUUAGAGAUACCGAGGAAGAGCUCUCCCUCUAAAGAUGCCCGAGUCCUCUCCGCCCCCGUAGGGGUGGCCAGUUAUCUUCGCUGUCUGGUGACCGAGGAUGAUCAAGCCAAGAUGAACGAGGUAGAUGCACCUAGCCUUUUCAACAAAGCACAACAGGUGCUGAACCGGACCUUUUUAAGGUACCGGGAUGAGCUGCAACAAAUCAAAGCUAAAGUUCGAGAGCUCACUGAGAAGAGAGACGCCUUUAAACUUCUUAGCGAGCAGUUCGAGGGAGAGGUUAAGAACCUCCGUGUCAAGCUGGAAGUUGCUCGGAAGGAACAUGCUGAUUUGGUCGAGCAGGUCCAGCAAAAACUCGAUCGCAUUGACCAGCUCCGAGCUAAAAUGGAUAUAGUCCAAGCUGAGACCAAUGAAUGGAAAGGCAGAAUAAAUCGUCUAGCCUCGGAAAAAGAGGCUACUCGGGCGCAACUAACUUUAGCUGAAAUCCAGCUUAGAGCGGCAAAGCAGAGGGCUGAUGUUCAGACCAAAAAGGUUGAGGAGCUCCAAUCCCGGUUAGGUUCGGCUGUUUUAGAUCGAGAAAGUCUGACCAAGGAGCUUAAAAUGGCCAAGUCAGAGGUCAUUGUGGUCAAAGUCGAAGCUGAUGAAAUGGUGGCCCAGUACAAUGCCGAUGCCAAGGCGGCUCAGGACCUUGUAAAAAACAUAGUUGAGCAUAUGAAGUGGCAAUCCCGAAGGGAGGCCCUCAAGGAAGUUCACGCUCGGGGUUUUGAUUUAUCGGCUGAGAUCGAGAAUGCCAAGGUUCUCGAAGCUGAGGCCAGGAAUCUAGCCUAUCCCAAGGAGGACGAUUCUGAGGACUCAAGUAGGUUCGAGGGUGGAGAAGACCUCGAGAAUCCUGGUGACGAGUUGGGCUCCGGCCAAGAUCAGGCUGCUUAA